GAAUAAUAAAUAUGUAACGAAUCAUCAUCCCCACGGUUUUCUACGUUUGGCUCUUUCUCACCAGUCGCCAUCUCCACGCUCUCCUUUCUGCUCUGCUUCUGCUAUUCAUCUGGAGCUUCCUUUUCCCGCAUCAAAAGUUACUCUCCUUUCGCUGCGGCUGUCGGCUACUUCCUUCUCUGUUACAUUCUUCAGCAAACAGUAGGGUCUAAGAAAUCCACUUGGAUAAGCUUUUCUUUACUCCAAUGCCUGUUGUGAGCAAUCGUUAUAUUCUCCUUUCUCUCAUCUCUUUGGUCAUCAUCAUUGCAAUAUGUGGUUUUGGACUUGAAUGGAGGGAGACAGGAAUGUUUUGGCACCAAUCCCAGGGAGAUGGGAACAACAUAACCACAAGUACGAAACCAGAGAAGGCAUAUAAAAGCCACAGAAAAAUUCUAGUCCAUGGAUCUUGCACGAACAAGGAUAUAAGCAUUUCACAGAGCACAUACUCAACAACCGGGAUACCACAGUAUGUAGUUGAGAUAGUAAACACAUGUUUUUCUGGGUGCUCCCCUUCCAACAUUCACCUCCACUGCGAUUGGUUUGCCUCUGCAAGAAUAGUGAAUCCAAAUGCAUUUAAGAGACUCAACUAUGAUGACUGUUUGGUUAAUGAAGGGAAGCCUUUGAAGACCAGUCAAAUGAUCAGAUUCACCUACUCAAACACAUUCCAGUACCCUAUUGCUUUCAAGUCUGCCAAGUUUUGCUGAUCGCCCGGACUUGCCAUUAACUAAUAUAACUUCUCCAUCCUAGUAUAGAUAGAGCCUGGCUAAUAGACGUUCUUUCCCCCAAGUCUUGAGGUGUGAUUGGAUGGACAUAGAAAUAGUUACAAACCGAGGUGGAGAAACUAGUCUCGUGUUUCUCCAAAUGCUCGUUUUUUGGUCGUAUAUCUCUAGCUGUGAAUGCUUUAGGUAAAGCUAAUUGAUCUUCCUAUAUGUCUGAUCGUCCUAUAUGUAUACCCACAUAGAAUGUCCUACGUAAAUGCAAGCCGGUGUUUCAAUUUACCAUUCCUCCAGAGGAAUAGAGGAUGUGCUAUGCUUGCUUACUUAUUACCAUUCAACACUACUUUUGUUUGCUUUUCUUUCCUCGGUUCCUCCAAUUUUACCUACCAAGGGGAGGGAAAAUCAAAAUAGUGAAUACUCUUUUUCCUGUUUCCCG